CAAAUUUUCUUCAGCAGAGGGAAUUAAUAUUAUCGUUUCAUUGAAAUAAAUAUUAAAAUUCCCUCUCUGAUAUUUUCUCAUAAACAAAAUAAUAAUGGAUAUCAAUUUCUGGAUUACUGCUUCUGGAAUUCUUGGGAAUGCCAUUUCCUUCUUUGUUUUCUUGUCACCUUUGCCGACAUUUUACAAAAUCCACAAGAAAAAAUCGGCGGAAGGAUUUCAAUCGGUUCCUUACAUCGUGAGCUUAUUCAGCGCAAUGCUAUGGAUUUAUUACGCUUUUCUAAAGCCGAAUAGUGUUCUUCUAUUCACUAUCAACUCGGUCGGCAUUGCUACUCAAACGAUAUACAUUUCUACGUUUAUUUUUUAUGCUACGAAGAAAGCCCGGGUGCAUACUUUGAUGCUUCUUCUUGCGGAUAUAGUCGGGAUGGGUCUGAUUGUCGUUUUAACGUAUUUUCUGCAAAAAGGAGCGGCCCGUACUGCGACUGUUGGAUGGAUUUGUCUCGUGUUCUCUUUGUGUGUGUUUGUCGCGCCUCUUGCUAUUUUGAGACGAGUCAUUCGAACUAAGAGCGUGGAGUACAUGCCUUUCUAUCUCUCAUUUUUUCUCACUAUUAGCGCCGUUGCGUGGUUCUUCUAUGGCUUACUUCGUAAAGAUAUGAACAUCGCCUUACCAAAUGUUCUGGGAUUCGUGUUUGGAUUGAUCCAAAUGGCGCUGUAUGUAUUAUACAAGGAUUCGAAAAAAUCAAGUGGUGAAACCAAACAGGGCACUAAAGAUCAACAGAUUAUUGACGUGCUGAAAUUGAGUCCCUUCGCUCAUACAAUGCCGAGUCCAGCAGAUACUAUUGCCGGUCCCUGGAGCCCGAGGACCGGACCCGGACGUCUCGAAAUUACAAUAGUAGACCAUACCAAUGCGUGACAAUAUUAUUACUAUUAUUAUUAUUAUUAUUAUUAUCUUAUCGAUAUGUUUUGCAAUUUUAUUACUAUUAUUAUUUUCCGUAUCAGACUUUUGUUAUGAUUAUUGAUCUUAUAAUUGUUUUAUGGAUACUAUAAAUAAAUAAAAAAAAACUCUUGUACUUUUGA